AUGAUACAGCCAUGGCCGGCUUUACUGUUAUGCCUUCUGCUGGGAUAUGUGGGAGUGCAUCCUGCUGUCCAAGCAGAUGUCGAACGGGCUGCUGUCAGGCAGAUACCGCUACGGUCACAUAGUCUUUCAUCGCCAUUUCUAGACUCCGAUAUGCAAAGUCGCUACUUCGAGUUUGGAGAAGAUACAAUAGUCCGGGCAGAUCAGUACAUCCGACUCACAUCCGACCGUCAGGCGCAAUCAGGAUGGCUUUUCUCCCGAAUGCCUAUGACCGCGACAAAUUGGAUGAUGGAGAUAGAAUUCAAAAUACAUGGCCUUGGGCAUCUUCAUGGUGACGGAAUGGCAAUAUGGUUGACAGAAGAGCGGGCAAAGCCAGGAAAGGUCUUCGGGCAUACAGACAAUUUUAAUGGUUUAGGGAUCUUCAUCGAUACGUACAAGAACUCCAGGCCGGGUGUGGUGUUUCCCUACGUGAUGGCCAUGCUUGGGAACAGCUCAGUAUCGUACGAUCAAGAUCAUGAUGGAAAAGACAACGAGAUGGCAGGAUGCUCGGCCCGUGGUAUCCGAGGUACCGACACGGUGCCUAAGAAGAUACGAAUGACCUACUACCAGGACACGUCACUCAAAGUCGAGCUUCAAUACAAAGCCGAAAAUGAAUGGACUGAAUGCUUCGAGACUGAAGCCUUCAAGCUCCCUCAGACCGCCUACCUUGGAUUCAGCGCUCAUACAGGCGAACUUACUGACAAUCACGACAUCAUAUCCGUCAACUCUUAUAAUCUACACAUGCGUCAAAAUACGGGUUCAUCGAGGAGCAGCGAUAGAGGAUCGAAGGCUCAGGCUAAGCCGUACAAUCCCGGCGGGGACAAGGAACGGGGAAGCUGGAGGUGGUUCCUCCUGAAAAUUGUACUUUUUGCGAUCGUGGUCGUGGGUGGGUACGUGGGGUAUACCAUGUACAGGGCAUCGAAUAGGGGCUCGAGGUUUUAA